GACGAAGCCGGCACGUGGCAGAGGGGAGAGAGGAUGCUGGGUCUCUGGUCCAGUGUUUGAACCUCCAUCUUGGGAAGCCGGCGUUGGAUGCAGGGCCCCACGGGGCACUGAUCCCUCUUCCGUGUCUCUGUGAUUUAUGGCUACUGGGGAUCUGGCCAUUGCAGACUCCUCUCUCACUUUCACAUUCACAAAUACACACACACUGCACCACUGGACAAAGCCACACACACUGCACACCCGUGCCCAGUGCUGCCCCAUAGAGUGACUCCUACACACACUGAACAAAAUAAUCUCUCUCAGCCUCCACACUCACUGAGGGACGGAGCCACACUCACUGAGGGACUGAGCUACACUCACUGAGGGACUGAGCUACACUCACUGAGGGACUGAGCCACACUCACUGAGGGACUGAGCCACACUCACUGAGGGACUGAGCUACACUCACUGAGGGACUGAGCUACACUCACUGAGGGACUGAGCUACACUCACUGAGGGACUGAGCUACACUCACUGAGGGACUGAGCUACACUCACUGAGGGACUGAGCCACACACACUGAGGGACUGAGCUACACUCACUGAGGGACGGAGCCACACACACUGAGGGACUGAGCUACACUCACUGAGGGACUGAGCUACACUCACUGAGGGACUGAGCCACACUCACUGAGGGACUGAGCCACACUCACUGAGGGACUGAGCCACACACACUGAGGGACUGAGCUACACUCACUGAGGGACGGAGCCACACUCACUGAGGGACUGAGCUACACUCACUGAGGGACUGAGCCACACACACUGAGGGACUGAGCUACACUCACUGAGGGACUGAGCUACACUCACUGAGGGACUGAGCUACACUCACUGAGGGACUGAGCUACACUCACUGAGGGACUGAGCUACACUCACUGAGGGACUGAGCUACACUCACUGAGGGACUGAGCCACACUCACUGAGGGACUGAGCUACACUCACUGAGGGACUGAGCUACACACACCGAGGGACUGAGCUACACUCACUGAGGGACUGAGCUACACUCACUGAGGGACUGAGCCACACUCACUGAGGGACUGAGCCACACUCACUGAGGGACUGAGCCACACACACUGAGGGACUGAGCUACACUCACUGAGGGACGGAGCCACACUCACUGAGGGACUGAGCUACACUCACUGAGGGACUGAGCCACACACACUGAGGGACUGAGCUACACUCACUGAGGGACUGAGCUACACUCACUGAGGGACUGAGCUACACUCACUGAGGGACUGAGCUACACUCACUGAGGGACUGAGCUACACUCACUGAGGGACUGAGCCACACUCACUGAGGGACUGAGCUACACUCACUGAGGGACUGAGCCACACACACUGAGGGACUGAGCCACACACACUGAGGGACUGAGCCACACACACUGAGGGACUGAGCCACACACACUGAGAGACUGAGCCACACACACUGAGGGACUGAGCCACACACACUGCCCCAUAUAACCUCCCAUUGCACCACUGUGUCCUAUACACACCCCUCUGUGUAUCCUCCACUCCCCCUGAGUGUGUAGAUUAGCAUCCCAGUAUGAGUCAUGGAUCGUCAGCCUAAGAGGCGCCUGCUUUACUAGCAGAGGUGGAUCAAUGGGACUGCACUGAGUGAUGAGAUGAUAUUCCUGAAUUCGCAUGGCUUGAGAAAAAUCACCUGACAGCAGCCGUGCAAAGACUGACCUCCCCCUAACUUCACUGUUUUUAAUCACUGGACUGACUCUCACAGAACUGACUCUCACAGAACUGACUCUUCCUGGACUGUCUCUCACUGGACUGAAUCUCACAGAACUGACUCUCACAGAACUGACUCUCACAGAACUGACUCUUUCUGGACUGACUCUCACAGAACUGACUCUUCCUGGACUGACUCUCCCUGGACUGUCUCUCCCUGGACUGUCUCUCCCUGGACUGACUCACACAGAACUGACUCUUCCUGGACUGACUCUCACAGAACUGUCUCUCCCUGGACUGUCUCUCCCUGGACUGACUCACACAGAACUGACUCUUCCUGGACUGACUCUCACAGAACUGACUCUCCAUGGACUCUCUCUCCCUGGACUGACUCUUCCUGGACUGACACUCACUGGACUGACUCUCAAAGGACUGACUAUGACUCACUGGCAUCCCCCAGGGAUAACCGUUAUCCCCCUUUGACAUUUACGACAUGGCCAUGUCCCUUUUUCUGAACCCGUUCUUUUUCUAAACUCGGAAGCCGUGGACUGGAGGUGAGAGCCAGUGGGCGGUCAGCUCCUCACCAUGGUGUUGCCGCCCCCUGACAAACGCCACGUGUGCCUGACCACCAUCGUCAUCAUGACCAGUAUGGCCUUCAUGGAUGCCUACCUGGUGGAGCAGAACCAGGGGCCCAGGAAGAUUGGCGUGUGCAUCAUUGUGCUGGUCGGGGACAUCUGCUUCCUCAUCGUGCUGCGCUACGUGGCCGUGUGGGUGGGCGCCGAGGUGCGCACGGCCCGCCGUGGCUACGCAAUGAUUCUCUGGUUCCUCUACAUCUUUGUACUGGAGAUCAAGCUCUACUUCAUCUUCCAGAACUGCAAGGCCGAUAGGAAGUCCCUGGAGACGGUGGCCCGGAAAGCCUUGACUCUGCUACUGUCUGUGUGUGUCCCGGGGCUUUACUUGGUUCUAGUGGCUCUGGACAGCAUGGAGUAUGUGAGGACCUUCAGGAAGAAGGAGGACAUGCGGGGGAGGAUCUUCUGGGUGGCUCUAGAUCUUCUGGAUCUUCUGGACAUCCAGGCCAACCUGUGGGAGCCUCAGCGGACCGGCCUGCCCAUCUGGGCCGAGGGGCUGAUGUUCUUCUACUGCUACGUCCUCCUCCUCACCCUGCCCUGCGUCUCCCUCAGCGAGAUCUCCACGCAAGGAGAACACGUGUCGCUCCAGAAGAUGAUGCUUUACCCUGUCCUCAGCCUGAUUACCAUCAACGUGGUCACCAUCCUGAUCCGCGGGGUCAACAUGGUGCUGUUCCAGGACAGUAGAGUCUCCACCAUCUUCGUCGGCAAGAACGUGGUGGCGAUCGCCACGAAGGCGUCCACCUUCCUGGAGUACCGGCGUCAAGUGAAGGAGUUCCCUCAACCACAGAAUGCCAUGGCGUUGGAGCUGCAGCAGAACUCUGUGGGCCACGGACAUACACCCCACAUGUCGCACUCGCAGCCUCUAGCCAACUCCACAAAUCUUCCCCACGAACCCUCGCCAGCGCGACACAUGGAAACAUGACCGCCAGCACUAGACUGUCUGGACACCAGCGGAGCAUUGCCACCGCUGCCGUCAGUGACUAACUACAGUGACUAACUACAGUGACUAACUACAGUGACUAACCAUAGUGACUCGUUCUGUCUAUCCAGUCUCUGAGAGUUUGGUAUUAAGAGAAAUGUGGGUUUCAUGACAGGAUGGUAUUCUCCUGCCUAUCAAGCCCACUUGAACAACAGAGGAUAUAAUAACUAGAGGGAUAUUUUCAGCCUCUGUCUGCCUGUCUGUCUAUUGGAGAAGGAUACAAAUUCACCUUCUUGAUUCUGACAAGAGCGAACUGAUUUGUUGGUUUUAUUUGUUUUUAAAUGAACUAUUUUAUUCUGCAGCUGAGUAAUGUAUGUUGUGUAACAGUACAUUUUACAAUUUGUUCCUCUCUGAAUAUCUGUGAUUUUCUAAAACCCCUUUCGACUGUCCAUUGUGUGGCUUUUUUCUUUGUAGUCCUUAAAAACUAAGUUGAAGUGGAGAAAGAGAGGAUGGAGAGGAAGGGAAGGAGAAAGGGUCAAUAAGAUGGCAGUAGAAGAUUGAAAUUCAGCCUCUACUUUAAUCCUGCUGAGAAAGGAGCUAACUGAAGUCUGCUGCCUCGGCCUGUGUGAAGCUUUACGACCAACUGGUCUGCUGCCUCGGUCAAUGUGACUUUUUACGACCAAAUGGUCUGCUGCCUCGAUCAGUGUGACGUUUUACGACCAAAUGGUCUGCUGCCUCGGUCAGUGUGACGUUUUACGACCAAAUGGUCUGCUGCCUCGGUCAGUGUGACGUUUUACGACCAAAUGGUCUGCUGCCUCGGUCAGUGUGACGUUUUACGACCAAAUGGUCUGCUGCCUCGGGUCAGUGUGAUGCUUUACGACCAAAUGGUCUGCUGCCUCGGUCAGUGUGACGUUUUACGACCAAAUGGUCUGCUGCCUCGGUCAGUGUGACGUUUUACGACCAAAUGGUCUGCUGCCUCGGUCAGUGUGACGUUUUACGACCAAAUGGUCUGCUGCCUCGGGUCAGUGUGAUGCUUUACGACCAAAUGGUCUGCUGCCUCGGGUCAGUGUGAUGCUUUACGACCAAAUGGUCUGCUGCCUCGGGUCAGUGUGACGCUUUAUGACCAAAUGUAUGCUAAAAGCACCAGAGCUCAGCACUAUACACUCUAUUUGAGGCAGCCAACCGUGUGUGUGAUUCUGCGUGUGUGUGUGCUUGUGUGUGCUUGUGUGUGUGUGUGUGUGUGUGUACACACGUGUGAGGGGGCAGAGGGGUGCUCGUGUGAAACUGUAUUUCAAGUUCAAGUCUUGUCACAUGCACAAGUACAGUGAAAUGCUUCACUUCCAAAUGUACCCAGCAGCGCUGUAAUCAAUAUCAAAAUAUUAUAACUAAUAAUACAUUUUUUAAAACUAAUUAUAAUAGUAAUUAUUAUUAUUAUAAAUAAAACAUGGGAAAUAAGAAAGGAAGCAGGGUUAGUGCCAAUACCAAAUGUACAAUGUGCAGGAUACUGAAGUAUUUGAGGUAGAUAUGUACAUGUAGGUGGGGUUUAGGAAAAAGUGACUGGUAGCAGGAUCCGUAAUAAUGAUAAUAGUAAUCAGUGGGUGUGAAGGAAACCUUCCUGUACUUUCCUCCACAAGUAAAGCCUUGAAGUCAAAGAAUGCAGAGUGCAGACAGCCUCAUUGACAAACGUUUGAAUAUAAAUGUACAAUCCAACCUGAAAACUGAAAACUAUUUCUACUUAAUUGAUGAAGUGAGUAUUAAAGUAUUAUUAUCGUUAUUAUUACAUGUACAUUAUUUAUUAAAUGUGUAUGUUUUAAUAAAAGUAUUC